CGUGACGUCAUAUACGUGAGCCCAAACAGAACGGCGUGAGCUUCCCACUCCCACCACCAUACGCGCAAUUUAAAAGUUUUGUAUUCACUGUUUUUUACGGUACUUAUCGACAAGAGUUCACAAAAUAUCAGACUUUACGACAGGAUGCCCUACCAUUGUGUGGCAUUUGGCUGUGGUAAAACUGCCGAAGAUGGCGUGACUCUGUUUAAAUUCCCAAAGGACCAAGAGGAGUUCACCAAAUGGGAGAGACAGGUCCAGCGUACCCGCGCCAACUGGACAGCCUCCUCCACCUCCCGCCUCUGCCAUGAGCACUUUGGCUGGGACUACUUCAUCGCUGGAACCCAUAAGCUCAGGCUAGGAGCUGUCCCGACUGUAUUCAAUCGCCCCUUCUGCUCACUCUGUUUUGGGAGAGGCUGCCCUAAAUGUCUGCCAUCUAUUCAGUACCGCACUGUUGUGCCAAAGGGGCCUGUGCAUUUGCCUGUGCCUUCGACAAAUGCAAUCACACAACCAAAGCCAAACACCACCAGAGAGAAGGUCAAACAAGAAGGACGGUUAGUUACAUGUGAAAUGUGUGAAACCAUUGGUGAUGCAAGCACCUUUUACUCCAAAAGCAAGCGAUUCUGCAGUGUAUCUUGUGCUCGGUCCUACUCUUCAAACUCAAAGAGGUCUUCGGUCUUGGCUCAACUGCAGGGUCGGCCUCCCUCUAAGAAAACGGUAGUACUAAAAAAGAAGAAGCCACAUCCACCCAUACCCCCCUCAGGGUUUGACUGGGGCUAUUAUUUGAAUAAAGAAACCUCUUUGGGUGCAUCAGUCUCCUGCUUCCAACAUGCUCCCAUGUGGGAUCACUGGGACGAUGUCUCAGUGGGGACAAAAGUGGAGGUCCUAAAUACUAAUGCUGUUCUGCCGAGUAAAGUCUACUGGAUUGCCACAGUAAUUCAAAUUGCAGGGUACAGAGUUCUUUUGAGGUAUGAGGGCUUCGAGCAUGACAGCACAUAUGAUUUUUGGAGUAGCCUUGUAUCAGGAGAAUUGCAUCCAAUCGGGUGGUGCGCAAUGACCACCAAGCUCCUGGUGCCUCCUCAAGAUGUCAAAACUACAAUCGUGGACUGGAAAGAGUAUCUAAUGCAGAAGUUGGUGGGAGCCAACACAAUACCUGUAGACUUUUAUUUAAAGCUUUCUGAGAGCAUGAAGUGCCCAUUCAAAUUUGGCAUGCGUGUAGAAGUGGUGGACCCUAAAUAUAUCAGCCGUACCCGUGUAGCCAUUGUUAAUGCUACUUACGGAGGACGGCUCCAACUUGUGUACGCUGACCAAAAGGAUGCCCCUGAAAACACAAAGGCAGAGUUUUGGUGUCACAUGUCCAGUCCUAUUCUUCACCCUAUUGGCUGGUCCAAAAUGGUGGGCCAUCCUAUCAAAACUCCAGCGACUAGUGUAGAAGUGAACCCUUUAAAGGGUACCUGCUGGGAGAGUAAUUUACACCUCUUUAAAAAGCUGAGAUAUGUCUAUAUGGAAGGAACAUUCUUUGAAGAGGGGAUGAAACUUGAGGCUAUUGACCCACUCAAUUUGGGGAGCAUUUGUGUUGCCACGGUACAAAAGGUACUGUUGGAUGGCUACCUGAUGGUGGGUAUAGAUGGCAGCAUUCUCGCCGAUGGAUCUGACUGGUUCUGUUACCAUGCCUCGUCUCAUGCCAUCCUGCCCAUCGGCUUCUGUGAAAAGAAUGACAUAACCCUCAAAGUGCCUGAUGGGUAUGAAUCUGAGACUUUCAGUUGGCCUGAUUAUCUGAAGGAGAAGAAAGCCAAAGCUGCACCUGCACAUCUAUUCAACUAUGAGUACCCGGGUCACAGCUUUUCCCCCAACAUGAAGCUGGAGGCAGCUGACCUGAUGCAGCCCAGCCUGGUGUGUGUGGCCACAGUGAGGCGCUGUGUGGGCCGGCUCCUGCUCAUCCACUUCGACGGCUGGGACGAUGAGUUUGACCAGUGGGUGGACUGCCAGUCUCCAGACAUCUACCCCAUCGGCUGGUGCGAGCUGGUGGGCUUACAGCUGCAACCGCCCCCCGGCCUAGACCUGACAGAACAGUCAAGAAUCAAAAAGUGCAAACAACACGUAUUUGGAGCAAAAAAGAAAAAACGUUUUGGGAAGAGACCAUCUUCUCAAGUAAACUUUGAAGAUGUGGUGCACGACCCGGAAAUGGAGGAAGCGCACGGCUCAUAUGAGCUGGACUCUCCUCUUAAAGCUCCACUCAUCCAGCCCAAAGUGGAGCCAGAAGACCAGCCACAAAUUGGCCCGGUUCACGUCAAAGUGGAGGAGGUGGAAAUGGAGACCCCUAUAGACCCAACACAGGUUUCUUUAAGCCAAAUCAAAAUAGAGGAAAACCCUGGGAUCAGUGUCAUGACAGCCACUGUGUCUGGGUGCAACGUGGAGGUGACCGGGGACACUAUGGUAGUUUCUGGAGCUUCCAUGGAGGUUUCCGAGGCAACAGUAGAAGAAUCUGGGGAGCACCAUGAAGAAGAGGAAGACCAAAUCAUGGAAGGAAUGGCAGGAGAUAGCUACGAGUCAUACGAUAGCAACAGCAACGGUGAAGACUCUAGUGACGAACACGUAAGCUUAAACCAGGAAGAUGAAAAUGCAGCUAAUACGACUCUAUGA